CUGAAAACGGAAGAAGAUUAAAAGAGCAUUUUGAAACUGAUGCCGGGGGUGUGAACAGCUGAGCCGCGGGGAGCCACACCACGCGAUUGCUCCCUCAGCUGUGAGUUAGUAACAAGAGAUCAUAAGGUGCAAAAGGCGAGUUUAGCAUUUUAGGCGUUUUCCUUCUUCCCUCCAAACACACACACACACAGCCAUGGGCAAGCAAAACAGCAAGCUCAAACCAGAAGUUCUGGAAGACCUUCGCUCUAACACAGAAUUCACAGACUCUGAAAUUCAAGAAUGGUACAAAGGCUUCUUAAAAGACUGCCCCACACACCUGUCUGUUGAUGAGUUCAAGAAAAUAUAUGGAAAUUUUUUCCCAUAUGGUGAUGCAUCAAAGCAGUUUGCGGAGCACGUGUUUCGGACCUUCGACGCAAAUGGAGACGGUACAAUAGACUUCAGGGAGUUCCUGUGUGCACUCUCCGUCACAUCCAGAGGCAAACUAGAACAGAAGUUAAGAUGGGCCUUCUCAAUGUAUGAUUUAGAUGGCAAUGGAUACAUCAGUCGGCAAGAGAUGCUGGAAAUUGUUACAGCAAUUUACAAGAUGGUGGGAUCGGUGAUGAAGAUGCCAGAAGAUGAGAGCACACCAGAGAAACGUACAGAUAAGAUAUUCCGACAAAUGGAUAAAAAUAAAGAUGGGAAACUUAGCUUAGAGGAGUUUAUUGAAGGGGCAAAGAGUGAUCCCUCAAUUGUUCGUCUGCUGCAGUGUGAUCCUCAGUCAUCCCAGUGACCUCCCACAACCUAACCUCACCUCAAUUAACCUCUUACACUAAAAAAAAACCUUAAUCCUAAUUAAAUAAUAACCAGUGUUGGCCAAUGAUAAACUCCCAUCAUUUUAUAACUUUUCAUAACAUUGAAUUAUUUUACCUAAUUCUUAUUGUUUUCCAUAGCCGACCUUGACCAAUAAUACCUCCAACUUUCAUCCAUCCCAAGCAUUCCGGUUAUCUUCUCUACUCUCUAUUCUUUAAGACUCCCACUUAGCAUGAUCCCUCUCCAUCCCCGUUCCUUUCCUAACCCACAUAAGAUUCUCUGUUUAUAGGUCAGAUUAAUAGUUCCCACACUCCCAGCUUCACAUUGCAGUGGAAUGUCCCAUCUCCUUCUUUUCAUGUCCUUAUCAUUGAUCAGCCCCUGGUGGGUUUCUACAUAAGGACUAGGUGCUUAUGGUGUGGAUUUUGUUGUUGACCCACCAUCAGGAUAUUCUAACUUUCAGCCCUGUCUUUUAAGAGAAAUUGGUAAGUGAACCUGCUAAACUUAAACUGAAGGGCUACAUCCUUUUUUAUUAUUAUUAUGUAGGUAGUCACGGGACAGAGUUCAAGGGAUGUAACUUUUUAUACUGAAGCUGGGGCUGUGAGAGUGUUGUGGGUCUGUGUGGAGUGAACAAAUGUACAGCACAGGAAGGAGACUGUUCUUUCCUGCUGGUCCUCCUUUAUGUACUGCGUGUUACCUGCACAAAGAUUCCUUGUCUGGUGCUCACCUGUCAGAAUAAGUAAGAACGAGGUGUAGCAACAUGUAUGGUUUGUAAUUUUUCAACGAUCCCAGUUGUACUUACUAGUUGUACUUAAUUAGCGGAGAGUUGACUUUCCUCUGUCGGAUGUUCUGAGUCAUUCUACAUACCAAUUAAGUGUAUUCCAGUUCCAUUUUUUUCCUUUUUUUACAUUUUGUCAAUUGCAUGUUCAUGCUGGCAGGUGUUUGAUUUUCCCAUAUUCCAUUGUAAACUCCUGACAGGCAUAAUAUUGUACAUAUGAGUAAAAAUUCCCCUGUUAUGAAAUCAUUUAUUUUAUUGUAAAGUACUUGAGAAUGAUUUUUUUUUGCUUGGUUGAUUAAUGAAAUAUUUUGGUUUACCAUUAUGUAGUUAGAAUUACUUUUGAUGUAAAGGAAAUAAUGUAUUUUUUAUUAUAGUGUCAUAACUAGGAUUGUAAUUUUAGGAUGAUUGAUUUUCAUAUGUAAGUGCUAGGGGAUUUUAUAAAAUUAUCUUUAAACUGGUAUUAAUAAUGUAGGUAAACGUUAAAAAGGUCGGGAGAAAAUAUGGAUAUGGGAACUGCCACACAGCUACGCUUUUUAAUUAUUAUGAAUGUGGUCAAGUUUUCCCUGCCUUUGCAUUCAGUGUGUAUUCAACGACUAUUCUCUCCUCCAUCUUUGUGCCAAAGUGUCAUGAGGAUUUUUUUAUGAGAAUGUUGACUCAAGGUUCCACUGCCAUUUUAGUACCCAAUAUCAGGAGUGCUCUCUCUCUGUUUUUGUCUUUUUUGGCAGUGGAGUACCUGUGUUAUUUCUAAAUUAUAUUAAUAAUACAAGGUCGAGGUUUUAUGAUAUAUUGUAUGUUUAAACUUUCUUAUAGUAUUGUGGCUAUGGACAUAUUUCUCAGACCCAUGGUGUUGAGCCUGCCUUUAUUAUUUUGUUAGGUCCCCAUAUGCAUAAUUUUACAUUCACUGCGAGUGCUAUUAAGGUAUGGGUUCCUCUCACUCUUAGUUUAUCGCCUUUGGUUUUGUAUGACAAUAUUUCAGACAUCCUUUAUUAUUGUGUGCACAAAAUGUUGCAUGACCAUCAAUUUUGUGCCCAAGUUAAUGCUUACAUACAUUUACUACACUAAUUUCUUGAUGCAUUCAGUGGACUUCAGAGAUGUUAUUUUAAAAAGUAUCUUUUUGAAUGAUCAAAGCUUGUGUACUUUAUGUGCCAUUUAUUGCGUCCCCAUCCCCUCUGUCAUUGCUACUGGGUGGCUAAUGGAACAAAACUAAAUUAGUUUUGAGUAAAACUGAAUUGAUUGUGCCAUACAAAUUAACAAGAACUGUCGCAACCACUGUUAUAUUGUGCAAAAGUAAAGAAAGGGUAUUCGAAAGUCAAAGCUGAACUUGGACAUGUUAUGCAUAGUUUCAACCUUUUUCAUUAUACAUGUGUGCUGAAUGUAAAGGUGUCCAUGAAAACAAUCAUACUGUAUUAAUAUUUCUGCCAUAAUGCCUAAGUCUGAAAAUUUAUAUCUAUUUUGGUAAGGCAUCAUGAUGUCCCGCAUAAUGUCUGGGUGUCUUUCUGUGAUUGCCACACGUGUUAUCUGAUGACGCUUGAUGACAGUGCUGUACUCCCCCAAAAAAUGCUAUUUCUGCCAGUUAUUGUAUUGGGGGCUGCUGAAAAUCUUCUUUAACACAUAUGCUGCUUUGAAGUUUUAUCACACUAAAGCCACAUUAUUGUGUCAAACCAAGAUAAUUGUUAGGAAUAAAGCUGAUACACACUGCACUAUUGUUGCCUCUUGAUGCCUCAGUCAUUUGUCAUGUGAGGUGGAAUGAUGAUGGUUAUGCUGAUGAAUAAAUUUUGUAGUGUGGGCAGUUUCAUCAUUUAGUAUGAUAAGUAUUAACAGUAUUGUUAUUGACUUUUUAAUGUUCAGUUCUUUUGAUAAACUUGCACUCCAUUUUAUCGUAACUUUGAAAUUUGGUCUAGCAUAUUGCCCUCCAAUGAAUCUGGCUGUACAGUGCCUAAAACUUGGUAUCUUGCGCUUUUUAUCUCUUGUAAUCAGGAUGCUGAUUAAGGGGUUGCUGGAGUAUGAGCAAAGUUCAUCUCUUUUUUUCAUUGCAUGGUUCCUGUCAAGAAUGAAUAUGUAUGUGUUAUGAUAUCAGAAGAAAAAGGUGGUUAGUGUAGACUGUGCCUAAGCAAAGGUCUCUGAUGAAAUGUAAAAGAAAGCCAACUAUGAAAUAUCAUCUCUGCUGUAUUAGCAGAGGUUAAUUUUACAACUUUUUUUUUUUCAUCUCAAGUCUUAGUAAAUUAUUAGCGCUUAAUUUCAUAGACGCUAGUACCAAUUUUACUCAUAGCACAAGUUACUUUUUAUAUAAUCUUUAGGUCUUACUUUUUUAUUGGUGUAUCGUAUUUUUCUAAUGGCAAGCAAUUUAGAAAGUAAAUUAUUGGCCCGGGCUUAGUUGCACAGUCUUAUACCAGUGCACACUGAAGAACCAAAGUUGAUGUUUUUUUGUCUUGUUUCCUUCUUGUUGUAUUUUCCUGUGAGACGGAGUAUCAAAUAAAAGUACAGCAACAAGA